AUGCUUGCUGCAGUAGACACUCGAAUUACUUAUAAAGUUUGGACUCCUUAUCAAAAGGAAAAUCAUCAACAUCUACUUGCGAGAUGCAAGAAGUGCAUUAGUGAUCCAUUGGAAUUCGAACUGAAGAUCAUUUCACUCAGCAACAAGUUAUAUAAAAUGUAUCCUGAUAUUAUUCCCACUAAAUUGUAUUCUUAUUACAUUGAAAUGCAAAGGAAAUAUGAAGCUUAUCUUCAGUAUACAAAUUUUUCUGAACUCUUACCUAGGGAAAUAGAUAAAAUCUUGACAUACCUUGCACAUGUAUCUGAUCAAACAUACGAGUAUUUUGAGCAGAUCUCCAUGAUCAAUUCUUGGAAGUUUCGAUUUUGUCGUUUUCUUUUACCUUACACAGAUUCAAUACCAUGGCUUCACGAACGCUUAGAAAUGAUCAUUGAUGACAUGUAUUGUUUAAUUAAAGUCAAUUUGUGGGAUUUUAUUAGAGAAAUGAAAAAGUUAAAUGAAUUUCUUAUAAAAGAAUCCAAGUCAUCAUGUUUGAUCGAUUAUUUAAACAGAUUGCCACCCUUAAAAUUAGGUAUUUUUUUCUUUUCCGAAGAAGAAUGGAAUAAAUGCCUUGAAUUUGCAGACUACGUCGAAGACUUAAUUAAGCAAGGAAAAUACAACAUUCCCUUUUAUCUCAAAAACCUAAGAAACCGAUCAAAACGUGUAAAUCCAUAUUAUUAUGAGGAAUUAAUAAAAAUUCCCCACCGAAUCACUACAAUUGAAGGGCUGAAACAGCUAUUAAAGAUUGACUAA